AUGGAGCUCAGCAUCCUCUCGCAGGGAGCGGGGCCCCGAUUUCAUCUGCCCCCUCUGUUCCCCCCAACAGGUCCCAUGGCGCCGUGCUGGGCCGUGCUGGUGAUGCUGGUGCUGGUGCUGAGCACCCUGCAGGCAUCUCUGCGGCCGGCAGCGCCCAGCACCAACGCCGGCCUGCACGAGGCGAUAGCAGUGCCAACCACAGCCGAUCCGCAGGACGAGACCGCUUCCCCUGAACCCGACCUGCUGCUGGGCUCUGUGCCGCCGGCAGAGCCCAGCACACAGGCAGCACCCCAAAACAGCAUCACCACCAUCCCCGGCUGGCUCAUGUCACCCAGCGAGGAGGGGACAGUGGCCAGCAGCACAGACAGCAGCUCCCCAGCGGGGCCGCACUCAGUGACCCCCCCAGCCCUUGGCCCCACCACCGCAGGUUACAAGAAAACCAAGAAAGCCGGAGCUCCCCCCCUGCCGACUUCAGCCCCUUGGGACACGAAGCCCAGGGGGACCGCAGUGCCGGUCCCCUGGGACCCCAGCAGGGUGAUGGGCAAGUGCCUGCUGGCCAUCCUGCUGCUGGCGCUGGUGGCCGCCACCUUCAUAGUGUGCACGGGAGUGCUGGGCGCCCUGCUCUGGCGGCGGGCGCGGACGGCACACCGCCGGAUCAGCCGCACCGAGAUGGUCUGCAUCUCCUCCCUGCUGCCCGACGGCGAGGCAGUUACCAACGGCCCCAAGCCCGGCCCGGCCCGGCGGCCGAAGCUGCUGCUCGACAGCGGCUCCGAGGCCGACGGUGACAACCUGACUCUCAGCAGCUUCCUGCCAGAGCACUCCUGA